GAUCCGAGCCGUUAAAAAAAGAGAAUGCACGGACACGUUAUGCAAAGAAGGCUUUUGUAUCGAUGCAUACCCCCCUCGUUGAACUCCAUAUUUCCACCCUCUUUUCAACAAGCCCACCAUUUCUCUCUUAUACUCUCUCUUAUAAUUUCUUCUCUCUUUUUUGAUAUGGCAGAUUGGGGGCCGGUGAUAGUAGCAGUGGUGCUGUUUGUGCUGUUAACACCAGGGCUGUUGUUUCAGAUACCUGGAAAGAGCAGGGUGGUGGAGUUUGGGAAUAUGCAGACAAGUGGUGCUUCCAUUGUUGUGCAUGCUAUUGUUUUUUCUGGGCUCAUCACUAUCUUCCUUGUUGCCAUUGGUGUUCACAUCUAUGCCGCUAAGUAAUUCUUGUUACCAAUCUUGUAGUCCCUCUUCUUCUUCUUCUUCUUUUGCCCUUUUGUUUUUAAUUUCUCCCAAGUUUAUAGAACUUUUGUUAUUGUUGAUAUGGUUCUUCUUAGUUUUUUUUUAUUUAAAUAAUCUGGUGAUUAUAUGGGAUUUGAGCAGCACUGAUAUAAACUAUCCAUACAGAGUAUGAUUUCUGCGUC